AUGGCGGAAGGGGAUCGAGUCAAUAUCUCCGAAGAAGUCAACCCACCGGUUCCGGCUCAUUCUCAACCACCCCCGAUGCACGCUCCACCGCCUCCGACUCCUGCAGGCAUACUCCCGGCGUAUUCGGGCGCCCCUCCUACACAUCUCCCGCCCCCGACGUCUUCAGGGGCGCCCCUUCCACCAGUCUCGCUGACAUCAUCCGUCUCCGACGACCAAGCCCGCAUCACAGCACUCGAGGGCACUGUCAACCAAAUGGCCACCAACAUGGCAAAGCUGCUCGCCCUGCUUAGAGGACCGAACCGUGCAUCCUCAAGCUCCACAUCUCCACCAGGACAAGGGCCAACAGUAGACCCGACUCCUCGGGUUCCGCCGACUCAAGCCCUGGAGAACAUGGAUGCGCCCGCACCACCAACACUGCAUGCAUCCAUGGCUCACCCUUUCACCAGCCCAUAUCCGCCUCCACCGGCCCCCACGGCCGUCCCUCUUCCACCGGCGACAUUCCAGUCCUCGGAGCAGGCCCUGUCCGCACCUCCUCCUAUCUCUAUACCGGUCCCAGCCGCGGCCUAUACAGCGCCUCCAACGAUGGUCUUCCCGGCAUCAAGCGCACCUGCUCUGACUCACCCUCAAGCUGCGGAACUUCCUCCGUACUCGUCUCUACAACCCCACGUCGGCCUCUCUUACCAGGCACCGCCCCCUAUAAACACUACCUUCCAUGAACUAGGCAUGCUGACUCAUGCGGCCCAGUUCGCCUCACCAAUGCACUUCUUCCCCGACGCUGACGUCGAACAAGAACGUAGAUUGAACCGAAUGGAUGAGACGAUACGAGCCCUACAGCUCCUUGCGGGCGAUCAGAUUCGACCGAUAUCCCCAGGCCCGAAUUUUGACCCGUCCGUUCAGGAUCAAUCUAAACGCUGCGAGUAUCAUCAAAGCGCGCCAGGGCACACUCUCGAUAAUUGUUGGAGGUUGCGAGACGAGAUCCAAAGGAGGAUCGAUAGCAACAGGCUCACCUUCAACGCCGUCAGGCCCCCGAAUGUGCAGGACAAUCCACUCUCGGACCAUAGGCCAAAUUCGGGGUCUUCCAUCAACAUGAUCUCCAUAUGCGCCUCAGGAAGGGACGAAGACACGCAAGACAACCCCCUUCCCUUCGUGAUCGACUACACUCCUGAGGAACCCACAGCCGGAUUCACGGGAAACGUGGCCUCGCCGGCCCCGUUCGUCAUAGACAUCCCCGCCCGGGAACCGUACUCAGACGGCAAGGUCCCCUGGACCUAUGAAGGAAGUAUUAGGAGUGUCGAACAGCAGUUUAGUGUCAUGGGGGUGACACGUUCGGGGCGGGUAUACGAGAAUCCGGCAGCCAGGGAUAAAGGGAAGGCACCCGCCACUGAAAUUGGGACAACGCCCGAAAGCUCGCCUUUUUCGUCUAAAAGGGUGAUCGAAGAGGAAGCCGAAGCAUUCAUGAAGAUCGUGAAGGCGAGCGAAUACAAAGUGGUCGAGCAAAUGGCCAAGUCCCCGGCCAUAUCUCAUUGCUCGCCCUCCUCCUCGGCUCGGAACCGCACCGAGAAGCCCUCCUCCGGGUACUGA